UCCCAGCAAAUAUACCGUGACGUCAGACUGCGCAUGCUUAGAGAAACUUAAAAAAAACCCCGAGAAUUCCACGAGUGAAAAAGAAGUCUGCCUGGUUUGUGUGUGUUUUGAGAGGAAAGCACCAAAGUUUACUGCGGUUUUCCUCUGAUGACGUCAUUGCGGAAUUCCCCCACUGUUUAUCUCUGAAGUGCGCGUGCUUGUUGACAGCGAGGUGUCGCGGACAUCAUUUUUUCUUAUGACCUUUUACUGUUUACAGUAAUAUUUGUACUGCUUAUAAACACUAUAUACAAAUAUAUUUGUAUUAGUAUAUGGUGUGCGCGUGCGGACAUUAAACCUAAGAAAAACAACCGAGAGUUAAAUGAUGGAGUUUGAAAUCUGAAAUAACAUAAUUCUGAAUAAAUGAGGUCAUGUGACCGUGAUUAUAAUUUAAACCGUUGUUAAUGCUGGCUCAGAGCUGCUGUGUCGGAGGGUUACGUUAGUUUGUAGCUCUGAGGUCGGACGGAAAGCACCCAGCGUUACUUUCGGUUUGUUCCUUUAUUUGUUGUUGUGGAUUCUGGAUGAGCUCAUUCUCUCAGUGUCAGGUGUGGAGGUGGGUUGGGAGCUGAUGUCCGUAUUUUUCUGGAUAUGAGGAGAGUUUCCUUCUCUUUCUGUGCUCUGAUCUGUGAACAUGGAGCGAUCAGCUGCUCUCUGCCUCCUCUCCUUGCUGCUCCUGGCCGUGCCCUGCUGCUCCCAGCCCGGGCUUAUUCAGGCAUACUUUCGGCCUGGAGGCGCUCUGGUUCUGCAGCCUGUGCUGCCGGUCCCUGAACGCAUCACCAGCGUGGUGUGGAAACGCAACAACGACCUGCUGGCCGAGUGGGCGGAGGGAGUGAGUGAGGUGGGAUACUACGGACGGUUCAGAGGCCGGUCAGUGCUCAGCACCGGGACCGGACGCCUGCGCGUCAGCGGCGCGUCUGCAGAGGACGCUGGAGUGUUUUCAGUGGAGAUCAACAACGAGCCUCAGAGCGAGCUCUACAGAGCUGCAGCCGUGGAUGAGGUCCCCCCGCCGGAGGCCUUUGUGACACCUCUGGCCUGCAGUCAGGCCUCCUCUCGGUGCUUACUGCACUGCUAUGGACACACUGCAGACACUGAGGACAUCACCUACUACUGGAAGAUGGGCGAUGGAGAGUGGGAGGAGUCAGAAAAGAAGAUAGAGAUCCUCAAUGUUAAUGAGCUGCACCAUGUGAGAACUUUCUCCUGCAGGAUGAAGAACCCAGUGAGUGAGAAAGAGAGCGAGCCCAUCAAUAAUCCUUUUUACCGACAGAGCAGCCCACCUGACUCUGCAGGAGGGACAGGUGUGGCGGUCACUGUGGGCGGAGCUUUUGGAGCUGCUGCCCUGGUUUCUGUGGCUCUGUUUGCAUUUUGUCAGAGAGAAUUUAUCCAGAAAAGCAUUAAGAAGCUCGAAGGGAGGAUUUCUGUCCCACAGGACUCAGUGACAUGUAACUGUGUAAAGAUUCAUCAGCGUGGGUUUGUUGUUUGUGCGUUAGAAACUGUGACCUGCUGCAGGAAAGAAACACCUGCAGAUAAACUCAUGGCAUCAUGAAUGUUUGUGUUAUUUAACAGCUACCUCUGUCUGAGCAGGAACUCUGAACUGUUCAGUGUUCUAGUGAAGAGAAACUGCUGAACUAGUAAAGGUCCUGUGAAUGCAAUUGAGUUGUUUUCUCUUUAUUUCUUCAUCGUGCCACGUCUCUCUUGGAAAUAAGAUUUUUAAUCUCAGUGAGAUUUUUACCUGGAUAAA